AUGUCUACUUUUACAAAUGAUUUAUUUAGCUCCCACUAUUAAAUAUUUCUGUAGGAAUCAGAUAUAAUGGUGCUAGUUAACGAUAUUAUUGGGACGUUCAGAAAGUACCAGUGGUGGAUAUGUUUUAUAAUAUAUGUUAACAAGUUUGGCAUUGCAUGGCAUCAGAUGGCAAUCAUAUUUCUGGCUCCUCCAGUGGCAUAUCGGUGUCCGGAAAAUACCACCUGUUGUAAAGACCCUAUCUACGACACCUCGACCUUUAAGAACACAAUUGUAAUGGAAUGGAAUCUUAUCUGUGAGAACUCUUGGUUGAAGGACUUCACUCAAACUCUAUUUCAAUUUGGUGUUCUAGUGGGAAGUUUACUGUUCGGUAUGGCGUCUGAUAGGUAUGGACGAAAAAAAGCCAUGAUUUCCUCUGUAGUCCUGGAAGUGUUUAUGGGGGUGAUAGCAUCAUUUGUCCCUGACUACUGGAGUUUCACCAUAAUUAGGAUGAUCCUUGGCUUUUCCAUAGGAGGAGUGAUGGUAGUCGGAUUCGUCAUAAUCAUGGAAUUCGUCGGAAAUGAGAAACGAGCUGUUGUAUCAGCGCUUUACCAAGUUCCAUUUACACUUGGCCAUAUUCUUUUAGCAGCUUUUGGUUAUUACUUGCGUGACUACACGCAUUUUCAGCUGGCAAUAUCAAUAGCAAAUGUAUAUCUAUUACUUUAUAUAUGCCUUCUACCUGAAACACCUAGAUGGUUAAUGGCCAAGAAUAAGACGGACGAAGCCGUUAUAUUACUGACGUGCGUUGCCAAGAUUAAUAAUAUGCCAACAGAAGACAUUAAAGAUAAGGUGGAAAUGUACGAAUUGGAACACAGAACUAACUUGCCGAGAAGAGGGUCUACAAUAGACCUGUUUCGUACGCCAAAUCUGCGAAAGAAUAUACUGGUGAUGUCGUUCGCCUGGUUCACCUGCAGUUAUUGCUUUUACGGCAUCGCACAGUACAUCAGCCAGCUUACUGAAGACAUUUUUGUGAACGUGGCCCUCAGUGGAUUUUUCUGUCUCAUCAGCUGUUUUAUUGCGAUUCCAAUGAUGCGAUAUAUGAAGCGGAGGACAAUUGUAGUGAUAAGUAAUGCCAUAAGCGGUAUUAGUUUACUACUGCUGGCCGGUAUACCCCAGGGCAUAAUUAGCGUGGUGCUUGCAUGUAUCGGAGUUCUCUUUAGCUUCGUUGUAUUUAUCGUGGUCUAUUUGUACUGCACUGAAAUGUUUCCGACUGUUGUGCGUAACGCUGCGCUCGGUAUUUCGUCGAUGAUGGCUCGGCUCGGAGCAAUGAUUGCGCCGUUUGUGUGUAACCUUAGAAUGUUCGACAAGUGGGCUGCCCCCGUAGCAUUUGGGGUGCUGCCACUGAUAGCUGCGGUGCUCUGCCUUUUGCUGCCAGAAACUAAAAACUGCGAGUUACUCACAACGAUAGAAGAAGGUGAAGCACUGGGCACGUCACAGCCGCCUAGGCCUGCAGAUGCCGCAGAUGGCAUAUAA